UUGCAAUUGGUAUAAUCUGUGACAUUUUUUGACAAUUGACAUUUCGAUAUAAAAUCGAGUUGAAAUCAUUUUGACAGCUUUCUUUUACGACGUCUUGUGUGUCUCAUUGAAGGGCAUCAUGGGGCGCCGGCCAGCGAGAUGUUAUCGGUAUUGUAAAAACAAACCCUACCCAAAGUCACGAUUCUGUCGUGGUGUGCCUGACCCAAAAAUUCGUAUCUUCGACUUGGGUAAAAAGAAGGCGGCCGUAGAUGACUUUCCACUAUGUGUGCACCUGGUGUCGGAUGAGUACGAGCAGCUAAGUUCUGAGGCUUUGGAGGCAGGCCGUAUCUGCUGCAACAAGUACCUCGUCAAAAACUGUGGUAAAGAUCAGUUUCACAUCCGCAUUAGGCUCCAUCCAUUCCACGUUAUCCGCAUCAAUAAAAUGUUAUCGUGCGCUGGAGCUGAUAGGCUCCAGACUGGGAUGAGAGGUGCUUUUGGUAAACCCCAAGGUACAGUGGCACGUGUGCGCAUUGGACAGCCUAUUAUGUCAGUGCGCUCAAGUGACCGUUGGAAGGCGCAAGUUAUUGAGGCUCUGCGUCGUGCCAAGUUCAAGUUCCCAGGUCGUCAAAAGAUCUACAUUUCCAAGAAGUGGGGCUUCACCGUAUAUGAACGUGAAGAAUACGAGCGUCUGCGUGAUGACGGACGUUUCGCCAACGAUGGAUGCAACGUCAAGUACCGUCCCGAGCACGGUCCUCUGGAUGCUUGGAGGAAGGUCCAAAACGAAAUUUACAGCGUUUAGAUGAAAUAUAAUUAAUUUGUCUAAAA